GGCAUUGAAAAAAUAAAACCUUGACCCUCUGUGUUCCUCAUACUCUUUAAGGCUCUUGUGUUCUCCUUUCUCAUAUCUUAAACCCAGUUAUGGCAACCAUAGCCUCUUCAAACUCUGGUGAAGAAGACACCAAUGGAGGAGGAGGAAGAAGAAGAAGAACAAUAACUCUUAAACCCCAUGCAGCUGUUUCUCUGCCGACGCCGCGGAAGAAAAAGCUUCCGGCAGCCGCGUCGGUUCCCAUCGCCAGUCUUCGAUCCGUCGUGUCGGCUUUCAGGAAGAGCCGUUCGGUGCUCGGGUCACGAGUGAUCGGCACUCUUUUCGGUUACAGGCGUGGUGGACACGUUCAUUUCGCCUUGCAGAAAGAACCCAAUUCCCCGCCGGCUUUCCUCGUCGAACUCGCCACGCCGAUAAGCGGUUUGGUCCGGGAAAUGGCGUCCGGGCUGGUCAGGAUCGCUCUGGAGUGCGAUAAACGCAAAGAAGAAGACCGUAACAACAAGGGUCCGAGUUCGACCGUCAGAUUGCUCGAAGAGACCGCUUUCAGAACUUACUGCAACGGAAAGAAAUGUGGGUUCGCGACGAGGAGGGACUACGGAGAAAUUGAACGGAACACCCUGAAAGCACUGGAACCAAUCUCCAUGGGAGCCGGAGUUUUACCGGCGACCGGAAUCGAAGAUGGUGAAGUUAUGUACAUGAGAGCCACGUUCGAGAGAAUCGUCGGGUCGAGAGACUCCGAAGCUUUCUAUAUGAUGAAUCCCGAUAGCAACGGUGCUCCUGAACUUAGCGUUUAUCUGCUUAGAGUUUGAAAGUCUGCCAUGGAAGCUUGGGUUUUAGUUUUACUGGUGGUUUGGGUCAGUUUAGGUGGAAGGUGUGAACAUACAUUAUAACAUGAUAGUAGCUAGGUGGGGGUCUUAAAGGUGUGUAUAUGUACAACUUGUUUUACUUCACUCUUUGAAAUGUAAUCCGUUUAUUAUAUUUGUGUUA